CGUCCUGAUGAAGGUGUUCAUGAUUAUGGGAAUCUGAAAAUCCUUGGUUUUCAGGAAAAAUAGAUCUCUGAAGCCAGGCACAAAGGAUAAACCACAAUGCCUUAUUCAGGGUCCUAUCCUGAGCCUUAAGUCCCUGUUGCCCCCUAGAGGCAACAACCUUUUCCUAUGUCUUGUUAUUCUUCACGUGAUGGUCCGUAUUUAGAGGAGUGGGUUCAUGCGCACAUGCGUAAAAGGUGUCUUCUUGAGUUCCUUUUUUGCAGGCAAAAGAAAAUGGUUGGGACUAAAAGAGUCACAAUCCAGGAGAAAACGGAUGUGACUGAAAGUUCCAGGCGCCAGAAGACGGACACAGAAGACAGCAGCAAUGUGAAUGAACUAGCUCUGGAGAUAGUUAAGCGUGCCAUUGCUGCUGCUAUCAAGUUUGUGGAAGAAACUAAAAACCCCAUCAAGAACAUCCAGUGGCUCACCCAUGGUGAAUUCACAGCAGAGAAAGGCCGUAGACAAAUUGAGAAGUUUGUUUUGACUUGGGAGUAUCAAGAACGCUGGGUGCACCACACACAGUUCAUAGAGAGGAAAGACGUGGUUCACAGCUACUACUACCUCUACUGUGUACGCUGGAGCAUCCCGACUGCUAUGAGACCCAUGCUACAAGUCUCCGCCUCUGCCUACUUCACCAUCAAGAUCACCAAAAACAAACCUCCAGAUAUGCCCAUUGAGGUCUCUUACGUCUUUGAGGGCCAUUCGUUAGUUCACAGACCAGGAAUGACUCGCUUUCGAGAAAAAUGGCUGAGGGACAUUACUGAGGCCAAAAGUAUUUUAAUGGAGUCAAUUGCCUUCUAAUUCAAUGGUGUCUAAUUCCUAUAGAAUGUUUUAGGAUGGGAUUUCUAAUUACAAUGUAUUAAAAAUACGAUACUGCACAUCAAACCACAGAAUGUUUAUUGAAUAAUAAACUUUUG